UGCAGUCACGUCCUCCUUACUAGUAGUCGGCGGCCUCCGGGUCGGAGCGCACAGUCUUUUAUCCGUCUGAUAGCACCACAGCGCAGCAAUCCCCAAGGCCUAAGAGAUUAUGCUCUCCCCAAGUGAGAUUGUUGCAUACUUACCUACUACUAUGUUUCAAGCUCCCAACUCAGAAGGACUACAUCUGCUCGAUUCAUUGGCGGCCGCCUAUCUGAUAGUAUCUGAUCCGGUUGUAACUUACAUCAGACACGAAGUUUCCGGUCAUAAUUGCAACGCGAUCUGCACAAGAUCAACGUGAACGAUGCUCCGGUCAUAGCAUGUUUGGGCGGCCGUGCAUAGCUUACAAUACUCUUGUUCCCCAAUAAAUCGGCAUACAUCACGGAGUAUAAGUACUGCAGGGUACAUGCAACCCAUUGAAGCAAUUCUCUUGCCAAUCUUCUCUCUGCAAGCUUUCACAAUAACAAUGAACAGCCUGUCCACAUCCACCCUCGAUGGCGAAGUUCUAGCAAGCAUCCGCCAGUCCAUCGCCGAAUUUCUUCAGCGUUGCGGUUUGCAAUACAAGAAUACCACACUUGACGAGGCAUGGCAUUCUAAAUGCUCUCAGGAGGCCAUCAAGCGCGGCUAUCCAAUGGACGCCAUCCUCCCAUACAUGGCCAUUGGCGCGGCCGUGAUGUCCAACGCUUACGACCACCUCCCGGACAAUGCAACCAAGAUGUGGAUCUGCCUCUUCACCGCCGUAGGCGCGUGCAUCGACGACAUGAUGAUCAGGCCAGAAUAUAUAGUGCAUGUGUACCAUUUCAACGAGCGGUUUGCGAAUUGCCAACCGCAGGGGCAUCCAGUUAUGAGUGCGUAUGACGGGCUCUUGCGGGAGGUCGCUUGCCAUUAUUCUGCACCGGUGUCGAAUUUUAUCGUGACGUCCGCGCUCGACUUUGUGUCUUCCAUUUUACUUGACGAUGAGACCAAAGAUAUGACGAUCUCGCCGCGAACUCCCUCAUACCCCGAGUAUUCUAGGAUGCUAUCAGGCAUACCGUAUGCGUACGCAUACUGUGUUUUUCCUUGCACACUCCCGCUUCGUGAAUACGUUCAAUGCAUGCCGGAUCUAGCCAUAGUCUUAAACCACGCAAAUGAUAUAUUGUCAUUCUACAAAGAGGAGAUCCAAGGCGACACCGCAAACUACCUGUCGCUCAUGGCAGCCUCUCGUGGCCUUACCAAGCAGGACGCUCUCCAGGAACUCAUCGAGAAAACUGUGCAAGCACAUCAAAAUAUCCUCGAAUUUCUGAGACCAUGUCCUGAGGCAUAUGAUGCCUAUGUCGCAUUUUUCGAUGGGUUUAUCAAAGCCCAUAUUACCGUAAAAAGGUACAAGCUGGAGGAGGUCAUGUCGGAGAGGUCAUCUUCUUAAUGGAUACCUUUUUUAUGGUACUUCUCAAUAUUUUCUGUAUGUUGAUCACCUAUUCAAGUAGAGCGCUAGCUAUCACGUUUACAAAAUCUGCCAGGCACCAUUAGAUUGCCGCUCUUGCUCCCUCCAGUUUCGAGCGGCUUGAUGAGAAUGUGUGCAUUUUUCCCAACGUACUUACCUCUGGGCUAAUUCAGUGUAUGUAAAGUCGUUGCUGUAAAUAUUAAUACACUUCGCACUGCA